AUGUUUCAGCUCUCGUCUCUCGUUCAAAAGGCCCAGUCGCUUGUAGACGCCGCCAACUUCGGCUUUGCUGCGAGCACCACAUCUGACGGCAAUCCUUCCAAAGGAACCCUGUUCCGCCAACAAUUCCGCCUUCCCGACUCCCAAAACCCGCUUCAGGAGAUCACAGCAGAGCUUGUUUUACCUGUGCCUUACACAUCUUCCUCCUCGACUACGUCUAGCUCUACCCAAGGCGAGCGGACUCGGGAUGCGGGGCGACCAGGAAAUACGUAUCCCGGAAAACUGCAUUUGAGCGAACGAUUCCUAUGCUUUUCUACGCAACCUACGAGCUUUCUACCCUCCGCUAGCUUUGGCGCAUCAUCGGCGUUUACGGGACAGACACAUGGGACUGGUCCGUCGGGGAACGGCUUCACCUUGCCGCUGUGUUCGAUUCGGAGAGUAGAACGGCUGAAUAGCCUUGGCCACGUAUUUUCGCUCGCUCUGACGACAUGGAACGGUGCGCUGGUCAAGGGAAGCGGUAAAGAUUCGCAAGCCACAGCGCAAAGAUUUACCCUGCAUCUUGUUGGCAGUCGGCAGGCAUGCGAACGCUUUUGCAACGGCUUGAAGAAGGGGUUGAGGGAGAGCAUGAAGGAAGUGGAUAGUUUGCGAAGCGUCAUUUCAGAGUGCCAUUCUGAAUACAUGUUUACGGCUUCAAGGGUGGGAAAACCCAAAGACCAGGCUGAAUCGGAGCAGCAACCUCGAGAGCCUCCCGACACAGGGCUCGGUUUGGUCUUUAGAUAUCCUGGUGAUGCGCGCAAGCUAAGAGACCGGAGCAAGAUGAGGUUGUGGGGAGAAUAUUUCAGAGAGAACGGCCGCAACGCGACAAUAAUAAGACAGCCUACCUUUCACAAACUUAUUCGUGUUGGGCUUCCUAAUCGGCUACGGGGUGAGAUAUGGGAAAUUUCCUCCGGUUCCUUCUACCUGCGCCUCCGAUCUCCAAAUCUUUAUGAAGAGACCCUCUCCAAGUUUUCUGGGCGCGAAUCUCUCGCGAUUGAUGAGAUUGAGAAAGAUUUGAAUCGCAGCUUACCCGAAUACCCCGGGUUUCAAAGCGAAGAAGGGAUUGGGAGACUGCGGAGAGUUUUAACCGCCUAUAGCUGGGUAAACGAAGAAAUUGGAUAUUGCCAGGCGAUGAAUAUCGUUGUUGCAGCCUUGUUGAUCUAUAUGUCCGAAGCACAGGCAUUCUUCCUCCUAUCUGUAUUAUGCGACCGCCUGCUUCCAGGCUAUUAUUCCACCACCAUGUAUGGAACAUUGCUGGAUCAAAAAGUGUUCGAAUCGCUUGUUGAAAAGACGAUGCCUAUUCUCUGGGAGCACUUAGUGCGCUCAGAUGUUCAGCUCUCUGUCGUGUCUCUCCCUUGGUUCCUCUCUCUAUAUAUCAACUCAAUGCCCCUUGUGUUUGCCUUUCGCGUUCUAGAUGUGUUUUUCCUCGAGGGUCCAAAAGUUUUGUUCCAAGUUGGCCUUGCAAUACUACGAAUAAACGGUGAAGAGUUGCUUGAUGUCACUGAUGAUGGGACUUUUAUCUCCAUCCUCAAGUCUUACUUUUCGCGACUCGAUGAAUCUGCUCACCCUCGAUCAGAAAAUCCGAAAUUACGUGCCAUCACUCGAUUUCAGGAGCUCAUGGUUGUUGCCUUCAAAGAGUUCUCUGGAAUUACUCACUCUACUAUCACCGAGGAAAGGGCCAAGCAUAAGGAUGCCGUUCUCGACAGCAUUGAAGGCUUUGCCAAACGAACUUCUAUCCGGAAUCUCGGCCCCGAGAGUAAGAAGUUGAGCGUUGACGACUUAGGCGCGAUUUACGACCGCUUUUAUGAAGUUUUAUACGAUCGACAACAGCGAAUGAGACUGAUAGAAGAAGAGAAAAAGCGAAUGGAUCGAGCGUAUAGGAAGAGUGCUGCUCGUUAUUCUGUCUUGGCCUCAAAUGCGGAAGCCCAAGUUGGUCGCGUCGGCCUUGGUCCAAGCCCUACCCAAAUGGACUACGAAGGAUUCCAGGAGUUCUUAGCUGCCACGGCAAGAUGGGCAGUUGCAGACUCACCACGCUCGUCACUCAGAGAGUCAACCUCGGAUCGUGAUAAAGGGUCGUAUCGUGCUUCUAGUAUGAGAAGUAUCAAGUCCUUGGAUUCGGGUAACUAUCCUGAACCGAUCGAUCACGACUUUGUUCGACGCCUUUACAACAAAUGGCAUACCGAGGAGAGUGAAGCUUUGAGUCUACAGAACGUAGUUAACGGUCUGGCGCGCAUAAAAGGGUCUCGAGACAUUAUGAGCACGAUAAACUACUUUUUUGAUCUUUACGACGACAAUGGAACUGGACAGGUAGACAGAGAGGGCAUCUUGCGGAUGUCUGAGGCUUUAUUGUUCCUGUCUCGACGGGGAUUUGAAGGGACUGUGAAUCCUACCCAGGCGGAGGAGACAGAUCAAGCCCCAAAACGAUCGCGAACAAACCUAGCUCCCGAAGAAAAGUUUUUGGGUAGCGUUAGCGAUUUUAUUCAGCGAUGUUUCGAGUACGCUGACCCAAGCCACCCUCAGAAUCAAGAUAGUUCUGGAAGCGACAAUAUUGCAGAGACGGAAGCCAAGCUUGAUGCAUUCAGCAUUGGCGACGACGAGGAUGAAGAUGAUCUCAUAGACGUGAACGACGAUGAUAAAAAUGAACCUCCUACACCCUCUACUUCAAACAAUACGCCUCCUUCACCCCAACCGAUUGCAAUCCCUCAGGAUACUCCACUUUCGCCUUCGAAACUCGCCUCUGAGUCUGCAAAUAUCGCCCUUGAUCCGGCCCAUCCGCUCCAUAUCACGCUCCCCACAUUCCGUAUGGUAAUUCUCGCCGACGAGCUCCUUGAGCAAUUCUUUGAAAAUUUCUUCCCGCAAUCAUUCCACCUGUCCGAUCGCCCAACGCCCACAUCACGCUCAACGUCCCUUUCUUCAAACCUCACCACCUUCGCCAAUCUCAGCUCUUCCCGUACCUCACCCCCUAAAACAACGGGUGCCACUACCGUCGCAGGUGCAUCCGGUGGUAUCGUGCCACCUGGCCAUAAAGGCCUGCGCGGCGUCUUAGACAACAUCGUUUCCGACGGAAUGCGCAUGGCUGCUGAAGUGAAGAAGCGGAUGGACGAAGCGCAGCGUGAGAUGGAGCGCAAUGCGCUUAGCCGAAAUACCGAAGAUGACGAGGAUGAUGAGGACGACGAUGGCGCUAGUUAUGAUGAGCGGAGGAGAGACAAUAGAGCUACGCACGCGGCGAGAGAGAGGGAUAGGGAUCUUCUUGAAGGCGCGGAAGUUAUGAGUGUUAGGGAGAAGGAUGAGAAGGAAAGGUUGUUGCCAUCUUCCUCGGCUUCUGGGGAUACUGGGGAGAGGCCGGAGAGUAUUGUGGUGGAUAAGGUGGAGUUCGAUUCUUAG